AAGGAACGCUCCGAAUUGCACUGGCGGAGCCCUCAUUCUAUUGGAAACUGCCUGCAGAAUGUCUGAGCGCAUGGACCCGCUAAUUGAUGCAAGCACUAAAAUCAAAGUGAGCUCCACACUGGACAAAUCGGUAGGGAAAAAAUUCCUGACCGAUGGCAGUCCAGAGACCUGCUGGACCUCACAACAGGGAACACCGCAAUACAUCCAACUAACGUUUCCGAAGCCAGUUUCACCCAAACGGGUAGAGAUCACUUUCCAGGGGGGCUUCGUAGGCACAAGAACACUGAUCGAGAUAUUGGAGAAUGGAGAGCAGAAGUGGCGGACGUUAACGCAUAUAUACCCCGAAGACGUGAACAGGAAGCAAGCGUUCGACUUGACCUCAACAGAGGCCGGUAUCGCAGAUGCGAACGUGGAUAGCCUGAAGCUGGUGUUCGAGGAGAGCUCGGACUUUUUCGGGCGGAUAACUGUGUACGACCUACAGUUGCUAGGCAGCGUCCUGGUAUAGGCAAUGAAGGAACAGGAGACUCAAGUGUUGUAGGAUAGGACCGUGUGGCUUCAUUUCGAGAAUCAGGU